AGUGCGCCCUGAUUGACGUCAUCUUGCUUCAUGCAGACAGAGAAUGAGCAGCUGAGUGUACAAAUAUACAGCAACAUCCUGAUAGCGCUGCAGCCUAUUUACCGAUGGAGGGGAUGUGAAGAUGAUGUCUCUGCGUGCGUCUUUUUCUCAGGUCUUUGUGAAAAAUGGAAGGAACAUUCGGCUACUCUGGACACUACUUUGACCGCUUCAUUCAAAGUCAAGACUCAUCAGUGGUAAACAAGUUUCAGAAGAAGUACUGGAAAACCAAGCAGACGCUGAUCAAAGUCACUGGGAAGAAAGAAGAUGAACAUGUGGUGGCAUCAGACGCAGACCUGGAUGCCAAGCUGGAGGUCUUCCACUCCAUCCAAAGAACAUGCAUGGAGCUCCUAAAGGUCAUUGAGCUCUACCAGAGGAGGAUAUGUUUCCUUUCCCAGGAGGAGAAUGAGUUGGGUCGUUUCCUGCGCUCCAAUGGGUCGCAGGAUAAAAGCAGGGCUGGGAAGAUCAUGCAGGCGACAGGGAAAGCUCUCUGCUUCUCCUCCCAGCAGAGGCUGGCUCUGAGGAAGCCUCUGUGUCGUCUGUACCAGGAGAUCGAAACGUUCCGUUAUCGGGCCAUCUCAGACACGUGGCUGACGGUAAAUCGAAUGGAGCAGUCCAGGACCGAGUACCGUGGAGCCUUGCUUUGGAUGAAGGACAUAUCUCAAGAGCUCGAUCCGGACACACAUAAACAGAUGGAGAAAUUCCGCAAGGUCCAGGCUCAAGUUCGCACAACCAAAACCAGCUUUGACAAGUUAAAGAACGACGUUUGCCAGAAGGUCGACCUGCUGGGUGCCAGCCGCUGCAACCUCCUCUCACAUGUUCUGACAACAUACCAGACGACUCUUUUGCACUUCUGGGGAAAGACAUCCCACACUAUGGCAGCCAUACAUGAGAGCUUUAAAAGCUGUCAGCAUGAGGUUUCCACAGUGAAGGCCUCACAGGAUUCCACAGACAAGUUGGAUAAAAAGAUGGAAAAGAAAUCAACAGAGGAAGACAUGGAGGAGAAAAAAGGAGACGAGACACCUGAAGAUCAACUUAUCUCAUUAGGACAUGAAGACGGGUGCGAAAAGAUAAGAGAAGAGUUGGAUGGAGUGGAGGACAGCCUGGCCCUGCUCAAUGAGAUUCUGGGCGGUUUGUUUGUGGAUGAUGGCGAUGUGUCCCAGGAGUGGACAAAAGGGUUUGGUGACACGGAGACGAGCGCAGCCUCUGGCGGAUCAGCUGAAACACAGCAGCAGCAGGACAACUCGUUCUUUUUGCCAUCACAGCUUUUGGACCAGAGCUUAAACUGGACCAGCACCGUCCCACAGUCAGCCACCUGUGCAGCAGAGUGCUCAUCUAGAGCUGAACAGAAUCCCUCAAAACCAGCUGCAAAAGAAACGGCUGGGACAUCCAAAGAUCUUUCAGCGUGGUUCAACCUGUUCGCUGACUUGGACCCUCUCUCCAAUCCAGAUGCAAUCGGAGAAGCUAACAGGGAGCAUGAGCUUCACACGGCAUAGUUCUUCCUCAUCAUCGGGAUCCUUUUUAAACGCUGCAAACUGUUUCAUAUAUAAGAUAUUCACACCAGAGGUUAAAAAGGGGAAUUUUCAAAUUUCCACCAAAACAGAUAAAAUAAACAGAGACAAUCAAUUAAGAACAAAAUAAAAUGUAAAUAUAAUUGAAAUCAGAUUCUAAAAUUAAUACACACACCACAGUUAAAUUUUUUAAUGGUCGUUCUAAAAAGUUGAGAUAUUUUCUUGAGGAAUAUUGUUAUAAUAGUUAUCAUUUUAUUGCAGAUUAACUCAUAAAGCUUUAAUACCCACAGUGGUGUGGACAUUUCAAGCAUUUAUUUCUGAUAAUUUUUAUAACUAACAGCAAAUUAAAACACAAAACUCAGUUUCUUAGAAAUUACAGUUUGAUAAAAAGACCCAAAACAAUGAAUACUGGGAUGUUCAUCUCAUUAAUGUAGAGGAAUGCUCAGCAGACAGUAGUCAGCCUCAGAGUAAUAUUGUAUUAUUCAGAGUUUAGUCAAAGAAAAAAGGUGCAAAGACAAUAGGGAUAACUUUUACUUGAAAUAGACCUAGCCUAUUUAAGAUUUUACGAGAACUCUGACAAAGAGUAGGCAAUGAGUGUAUAUAAACAUACAGUAGAUUGAUAUACUGUUCUUUAGGUCAACUUCUGUGUCAGAAAUACUUUGUCUGAUGUAAUACGGAUUUUGCUGAGAAACAAAAUGUAAGUUCUCAUUAGCUGGUGAACAUAAAUUUCAAAACUAAGAGAAAUAAAUACUUGAAAAGCAUGACUGUAAUGAAGCUAUAACAUCCACAAGUUUCACUUCAAUUGGGUGAACAAAUGAACUCUAGGAUUUUCUUAAAUGCACCUGUAGAUGUUAAGGUUUUUAUGUGCUUCUUUUAAAGGCAGCGACAUGAGAGAGAAAUGCUGCCUCUAAGCCUAACAUUUUCCAGAAUCUUUAUUUGACCCUAAUAAUAAUUACCGGUAGGACUAAUUCUGGUGGCUUGAUUAGCAUCGGCAGGAUUGAAAGAUUCAGGAUAAGGACAGAAAUCUAACUUACAGCGGUUGUUGGCUAGCUAGCUAAAUAUUAAUUUAAAAACAAAAAUCAUACUUCAUACUUAAAAAGUCUUUUGUAAUGUUUUAAAUUAGCUAAAUUCCAAAUCAAACUUUUUUUUUAAUGCCAGUUGAAAGGUGCUAUCAAGAUAUUAGUUAAACUGCUGAUAAAUAAAGUGCAUGGAUUUUUGUUGAGAUAAACAAAAAAGGUUUGACCUGGACAGCCUUGGGAAACUGUGGAGUCAGUCAGGAUUUUGCUCUAUUUCCAAAUCUUCUUGGGAAAGACAUUAAAAAGUGUGACCAUUUUUAUAGAUAAAACAAAAACUUCAACCCUUGAGGGCCGCUGUCUGAUUCCAAGAUGAGCAGAGCUCUGCAUAGCUUGACUGCAUGUUUACUGAGGUAGUUCAGCCAUUUCAUCCAGGUGUGUAGGUCAAAUAAUACACAAGGAUUUGAGUUAUACAGCAUUGCUUUACAGUGGUUUGUUUUCCAAAAUAAUUUGACUUCUUCCUAAAAUAUAGGAAACAUUCUGCACCAAAG